AUGGCGAGGACAGAGGAGGCGGUGCUGGAGUUCCUCCAUUCUAACGAGGAGAUUCCGGAUUCGCACCAGUUCGCCACCAGCUUGGGGCUCUUGCACGGCGAGCUCGAGAACGUCAUCAAGAGCCUCCAUGGUUUCCAGCUCGUCGUCGCGCAGGUCUUCCAAUCGAUCUCCGUAUAUGUGUCAACGGUGUGCCUUGUUUGGUAUGUUCUUUAAGGAUGUUUGGUGAAAGUUUGGGUGAUGGAGCAGGAUAUUAAGAAGGAGAGUUGGGUGCUGACUGAAGAGGGGGAGGCCUACGCGUCCUCCGGAUCACCUGAGGCGCAGCUCUUCUUCGGAGUGCCCCCGGAGGGAAUCUCCACUGACGAGUUGAAGGUUGACGGUUUAUUUUAUCAGCCGCUUUUUAUCCCUGGCUAAACUUCAUGCGUUUGUAUCGUCGUUCUUACGAUCCUCCUGUUAUGCAGAGGAAAUUGGGCGAUGGGAUUUUUAAGAUAGGGUCCGCUCAGGCCAGGAAAAAUGGAUGGAUAGACAUCGGGAAGCAGGGGGUGACGAGGAAGGUAAUAAUUCAUCACUUAUCCAUGGAAGGAGCUACAGCCUUCUGUAGUUGGCCAUAUUGCGCAACAAUGUACAUUAUGGACAGUAUUUAUUGCCGAAAAAUGAGAAACUUUUCUCCAUUCUGUAUGCUCCCCUCCGGUCACAUUUCUCCCCUUUCCAUCAACUCCACAGACCACGGCCCAUAUUCCAUGUUUCCCAAUCGACAUGCCCACUGUCCGGAUCCAUAUUCCAUGUUUUCAAUAAUGUGAAGAUGAAGACCUUGGAUCAGAGGCAAGCGAGUUAGUGUGGGCCUAGAAAGGGGUAAGCCAUUUGGUUCCAUCCUUAUGUCGGAGUCUGAGUCUGUGGCUGAGUAAAUUAGCAAUGGUGUCAAAAAAAUCCCUUGUGAUCUGAUCUUGUAAUGAGGGGCCAUGGUAUUCUACUGGUUUCAUUGUCGAUAAAGUCUCAAGCUUGUUAGAGAUGAGAGUUGGGUCAUUGUGUUCAGUGUCUCUUAGGCACUUGAGUGGAUGCAUUUUAUGAAGGUUAAUUACGCAUUUAAGAAGUGUAAAUCUUGCUUGUUUUUCUACUGUUGUACCGGUGUUUAUCUUCACAUCUCACUAUUUCUCAGUAGUAGAAAACGAGCUGCAUCCUCCUCAGAAGAUGCACAAAGAACAACUUGUUGUGGUUUGGGGUCAGGCUUUUUGACCUUUAUGGCCAAAGCACUAUUUUUCCUAGUAUAAAUGAAAACUGGUUGAUGUGCAGUGAUGGGGUUCGGAAAUUUUUUGUAGCAGCAUAGCACCUGAUGAAGAUUUCUAUCAUCAUUUCCUCUGACAAUUUUUUGCUGAAGUGAGGCAGAUAUAUUUCAUACUUGUCCCAGAAGGUUUAAAAAAUGAAUAUGAACAUAUAAACAGUGCAAACGGUUAUCAAUUUUCUUUCAAAUUGUUUUUCAAGUAGUCUGUCUUAUUAAUUUUGGUGAAGUCAUUUGUUGCAUCUCUGUUUGAUGUGCUCUUACUUGCAAUGUUAAUGCCUAAUUUAUGCAUAUUUUACUUACAAAAUGGCAAUAAGUAUGCACUCACUUUUGUGUUCUUCUGCUGAUACGUUUCUUUUGGCUUAAACAGACCGAACACAUUGAGGAUCGUGUCAAAGAUUUACUCAACAAAAUAAAAAAUGGGGAGGUGAGAGGUUCUUUCUUUAACAUUUGAUUAGUAUUGAACAGUUUUUAACGAAUGCUUGAUUCUUUUUUGAUUUUCUUGGCUUGGGCACAUUUGAGCAAUGGUUGCAUUUCAUCACAUUUCUUUGCAAAUUGUUGAGAGAUUCACUACUAAAUAUCCAAUUAAAGAGUUCUUUUUGCCUUUCUUGUACAUUUAUGCCCUUAGCUUAAUUGAUGCAAUGGUGUUGGUCAUGUGCUUUACCAAAGUAGGGUUCCAUCCUUAUAAAUACUGCAGAAUGGGGUAUGUGCAGGCCAAGAGGGAAUUUCUGGUCUGUUAACAACUCUGGUACAAUGAACGUAAUUGUACCAAAGUUUCUCUCUUUUAUCCUUUCAAACUUCCUCACAAAUGCAAUAAGAUACUAUGCUAUUCAUAUUCUAAUAAAGUUUUGUAGCGUUCUGAGCAUUUAUCUCAAUGUUGAAAGAUGGAGUCCUUUGCACUACCGUUAUACUGAAUUAUGCUGUCUCUAUGCCAGAGAUAUUCUAAUCACUUUGCCUAGGAAAUUCCUGUCCCAUUUCGCCAAUUCAUGUGCUGACUGUUUCCCAAUGGCAGGCGGACACAUGUAGCUGUUGGAGUUCCCAACUUUUUGUGAUCUAACAUUUUAGGGCUUAUGGUUGUUGAUGGAAUUUAUAUAAUCUAUUUCUUCCUGUCUUUCUAGCCAUUAAUUUGCUCUGCCACUUGUUGUACUUGAUUGGAAUCUGGCAAGUGUUGAAGGAUAACUGAGUUUUUCCUUCAUAUAUAUCCAGACUUUAUUGAAUUAUCGCAUUGAAAAGCAUGAACUAAAAUGAAGAGAAAGUUGAGCGGAUUAAGUUAAUUUCAUAAUAAAAUGCACAGUUAUCUCUCUUUUGGCCCAGAUAAAAUGUUUGGCAUGUUGAGGCAGUUUAUUAAUGCAAACUUUGUUUAUUUGUCCCAAGUUGGACUGUACGAUUUCAAACAUGUAGGAACAUAGUACAAAAACCUUUUAUGAUCAUGUGAAAUGUCCAAGGAUGAAACAAUGGUCCCAGAAAACAAGAUUUUUUUAUUUUAUUUUAUUUUCUUUAGAAUCGGCGUUGAGUCAGACACUGAGAUUAUAUCUCUGGGAUAGAGACAGCAUAACUCAGUAAUCAGUGAAACUUAAAAUGUUUUUGAAGGCUCUUUUUCGCAUAUCUCUGGGAUGAUUAUAUCUCAUAUUUCCAAUAGUUAUCUUCUCUGUUUCUGAUUCUUUUUCUGUGACCAUUUUUGUCUCCUUCUGACAUUAGUCUUCCAUAAUUCUUGUUUGGUAGGCUGUCAGUGAUGGAGAUGUUGCUGAUGUAAAGAAAAGAAAGCUUAUCGACAGACAGUAACUCUCUCUUUUGCACCUUUGACCCUUUUUUAUUUGUUUGAUGUUUUUUAGCCCAUUUGUCUGUUUAUUUAUUUUUUCCGCACUUCUUUUUAUUUGUCUGACAUUGUCUUUGCUUUGGUUUUUUUCUUUUUUUAUAGGAUAUGGAAAGGGUACUCCUUGACGAAAGGUCCGAAGUACACCAUAAAAAGGAAAAGAGUUGUCACAGAUUUAACACGAGAAAUUUUGCUGAGGUAUUUGCAUGUUAUCUUUAGCUAUCCUUACCUGAUGUAUAAUUUACGUUUUCUUUUUAGUCUAGAUAGAUGGUAUGGUGUGAGUAAUGCUACAUUGUCAAUUUUACGUAUGCUUGUGACAAGUUACAUGUUGUCAAUUCACUAGAACUAUUUCAUCAUAUUCCUAUAUAAUCUCAAUAAGUCGCAAUGAAGAGUGGGUUAUUUCGGAUUCUAUUGGAAUUAAAGGCACGAUGCUUGAAAAUUUUGUUUGGUUGCGAUGGAAUUUCUUUUAGAACAGUGUAUCAACAUGAUAGCAAAAGAUUGAAGAGAAAAAGGGAUCUAUAUGAAUUGUGUCAAUAUGCUCUAGAAAGAGCUAUGUGCAGAAUCUCCACAUUCUACGACAAGCUGGUGGAGACUAUAAAUCAGUGAAUGUUUUCAGCUGGUGGAGACUACAACUUGAGGGAACAAGUUCUUUCAUUCCAAUCUGCAUGCAAUAAAUGUUGUCACUCAAAGGUGACCCAAAUGAGUAGCUAUUCCCUUCAUGUUAUAUUUGCCAAAAGAAUUGUAUCCACGAUAAGCCACCAAUAUCUUGCUCACCUUUGAGUAGCCAUCCUUGGUGCCAACAUUUUUUUCUCCUCUGAUACACCAGGGGAUGCCUCCGAAGACCUUUUUUAAUUUAAUAGAUGCUUCAAUGACUUUACACUAUCUGAUGUGAGAGUUCAAUAUUGCAUAUAAAUGUGAUUAGUGUGAAGUCCUCUGUGAUUAGGUGUCUUUAUAAAAUCCCACGCUCAGAAAAUGCUUGGUGCUUUGUGCCUCUGAUAAGAUAGGAUAACAUGAGCGAAUGGUAUUUACCUUCUUUUUCCCAUCACUACUUCUGUCAAAUCUGUUUUUUCUACAGACAAUUUUCUUGUCAAGAGAAAACCAAAAGUUGUGUUGGUUACUUAAAUAUCCUUAAUAUCUAUUGACCGUAGAAUCAAAGAUCUCUACGGUGAUAGCAUCUUUAGCCUCUGCUUCCAGACAGAAUAAAGAGUACUACAACUCCUGUCCUUCCAAAAGAGGACCGGAUACAAUUUUGUGAGAAAAUGGAAGUAUCUACACUCACUAUAUCAGUAGGAUGUGGGAUAUCUCUCUGGAUCUGGGAAAGGUUAUUCAUAGUAUUCGUACUUGCUUGUUCUCCUGUACUAACCUUGAUUUACAUCCUUUAUGUAUCGUAAAAUAAAAGCAAACCUAGCUUCCACAAACUGUGUGCAUUCAUCAUUAUUUACUGGUAUUAUUUUGUGUCACAUAUGCACAUUGUUAUUUUGAAAUGUGUGUAUUGUGGGCAUGUUCUGUUUCUCACUUAUUGGCAUGGCAUAUUAUUGGGAUGAUAAAAAUGACUUGAGUUUCUUGAACCAUGGAUGUUUUGAGAAUGCUUAUAAUUUCUUGUUCGAUGAAUUUCGAAGGGGUGACUGGAAGGAUCUUGAGUUCAAGGAAUAUAAUUUAAAUGCAGGAGCACGCCCCCUUGAAUAUGGCUGUGACCAUCCUCUUCUAAAGGUAGGCGUUAAAAUGUUCCAUCUAGUUGAUUACAUUUUGAUGUUUAUAAGUGCAUUGCUCAUCUUAAGUAGCAUUGUGUGCCAGAGAAAUUACUCCCACUUCAUGGAUACAAUCCUGUUAGAUGUGUUAUUAGGAAGGGGGCAACUUCUCUUCUUCGUGUAUAAAGCUUUUAUUAUUAUUGGGGACUUUAAUCUCUUGCGAUGCCUAGUAUCCUUACCAUUCCUUUCUUUUGUUGUUCAAGGAAAUAUAUCAAGUUUCAAUUAUCUGUGUUAUUACCCUUUGGUAGUUUAGAGCUCCCUACGAAAGAUGAGAUAUCCGCCAUCCUACACAUAAUCGAUUUACCUUAUCCCAUAGUUCCAUGAAUUAGCUUUGUCGUUUGCGUUACAGUCACAUUUCCCUCAAUUGAGUCUCGCUUAUAUCUUGUUUGUUCCAAGCCAUUUCUCACCUCAGUUAUGCCCAUCCAAUGCUCCUGUAUAUUCUUUUUUAGUAACCCCCUUUGUAACUUGCACCCCUUGUUAUACUAUUUUUUCACGAUGAAUAUUCUGCCAUGGUCAGUUGUUCAUACUCACAUUUAUAUUCGACUGGAUUUAUUAUACUGAUUUUCAAAAAUAAUAUAAAAAACCUAUGGUGAAAUUGAUGAACUCUAUUGAGUUUGCAUUGGAUGGCUGAAUAUUCUAACAUGAUAUUUUAGGUGAUGCAUGUACUUUAUCUCUAUUCUCUGUUCGACAAGGAUCAAAAGUUGGUCGCUAUGUGACGAGGCAUAUUAGAGUAGUCUCAUAAUAGAAAGCUUAAAGAAAACGUUGUGGCAAUAUGGAUGGGCCUAUCAGCUCAUUUAUCACCUGGCUUUGACAUGGAUGACCUGAUUCCUUAAAAAAUCUUAGGGUUGCAUAGUUUCUUUAUCUACCUUACAUGUUUCUUCUGAUAAUUUGUAAGUUUAUGCACAUGCCUAGACUCUAACUUCCAUUUCCAUCUCCAAUGCCAAAUUUAAUCCUUCAUUCGAUGGAUAAUGUGGAUGUGUUUAACAUGCCUCUUUCUUUCAUUCUUUCAGGUGCGGGAGCAAUUUCAGAAUAUCUUCCUUCAAAUGGGGUAAAAUGUUAGCUGGUGGAAUUUAGUGUUGAUAUUGUGCACGAUCUUUUAAUUUCUCAUAGGUGCACUUCACGAGGAUGGGUUGAAAACAGCUGAUCUGUUUAUCUGAUCCCAGUCGGAUACUUACACUUCUGAUGACUUGUGAUUUCUUUUUCUGCAGUUUUGCUGAGAUGCCAACGAAUAAAUUUGUUGAAAGCAGGUAAUAAACUGCAUUGUCUUCUAGUUUUUCAUUUGCAUUCAUAUCUAUCCGGUACAUUUGUAAGCACUCUACGAGGAAGACUAGAUUCCUGUGAUUGAACUUACCAUCCGUUUUGCGCCACUCCUGAACUCCUUAUUUCCUUCCCUUCAUGACUGAUGCCGUUGAACCAUGUAUGCAAUAGUGUGUACGUAUGUGCAUUGCUUUCUUGCUGAAGAGGGAUGGAGAAUAUUAACAUAUAUUUAUAUAUAUCAGCAACAACCGGUUUUAUUAUGGGACAGCUUCUGAUUUUUUAUAUCAAUCUAUUAUGGGCCUCUGCAUUUAGCAUUGGGUAAACCUCAUACAAUGACAGUCCUAGUUCUACCAUAUCCUCUGUUUCAUUUCUUCUGGAACAAUAACAAGAACUAUUUGGAUUAUAGAUCUACUACUAGAAAUUCAAUACGUAAUUUCAACAUUCAGUUUAUGUUUCUGAAUAAUUAUAUAUAUAUAUAUAUAUAUAUCAUGAAUGCUAUUUUUAGUAUGAAUAAAUUGAUCCAGAGCUGUUUCUCAAGUUUGACUGAAGAGCCAAACUGACAUGCGUGAGUUGGAAUGAGAUGACGAAGCACGGUUUGAAGCUAUUUUCUCCUAUUAUCAAAAGUGUUUGGUGGGAGAAAGUUGCCCACAUAAUAUGCAUUAGGUUUUCAAAUCCGUUUCCAGAAGUUUCCCUAGGAGGAAACUGGUGUAAGAUUAAUGAAUUAUGUCGCUUUAUUACUAGAAUGCAUUUCGAUGCCUGAAAUGCCUUUGGUUUUUGAGAAGCGCUAUAUAUGCUACAAGAAAGAUGGUGUUAUGCAGACAUCUCUGCAUGUCUGUUUCUAACUAACAGCUUUAUUUGCUUGAAAUCUAUGUAGGAUAGAUUACUAAUCUCUCUCUCUCUCUCUCUCUCUCUCUCUCUCUCUCUCUCUCUCUCUCUCUCUCUCUCUAGAUAUAUAUAUAGAUAUAUAUAUCCUCACUAUCUUUGGUUAUUCCUGUUUCUCCUUUGUCAGCUUUUGGAAUUUCGAUGCCCUUUUCCAGCCACAGCAGCACCCUGCUCGUGAUUCACACGACACCUUUUUUCUCCGAGGUCCCUACGUCCACUGAAGUACAUUAUAUUACUUGGGUUCCGCACAUCUACCCAUUCGAUAGAUUUCCACGAAUGAAUCAGAUUCUGUAAAUUGACGGCUCUCGUUCUGAAACAUGGACUGCAGCUCCGUCCACAACGAGGCAACUUCCUGAAGACUAUGUGGAGAAGGUCAAAUGCGUCCAUGAAUCCGGCGGCUUUGGGUCCAAAGGGUGCGCCAUAUUACACCUUUAUGUAGUCAUUUGUUGCAGCCGACGUCAUUUCUCAUGGAUGAUUGCUUUCCUCUGCAGAUAUGGGUACGAUUGGAAGAGGCAAGAGGCGAACAAGAACGUGCUCCGAACCCACACAACUGCAGUCUCUUCAAGAAUGCUGUUCUUGCUUGCACAGGUGCCAAGUUCAUGGUUUCGCUUUAUUUUUUCAAUGGCACUCCCAUUUCAUUCAUCUGAUGCUGUUGACGAUAACAAAUUUUUUGAAAUUAGCUCGGAGAGCCAAAUCGAGAUUAUAUUUUUCUUUUCUCGGUUAAAAAUUAUAUUUAUUAAUGCCUACUAAUACAUGAUGAAGACAUGGCGCUACCUCAAUGGCAUAAAUGGUAAACCACCGCCUACUAAUUUCUUAAACCUGUCCUGCAUUCUUGAACAUGGACUAUUUUAUUUAAAAUUAUCUUUAAAAUAAAUGCUAAUCCCGUCGUAGCUAUGAACUUUUAUACAUUUUUUAACCAAAAAAAAUAUAUCCAUUGCUCAUUCUUCUCACUAGAAACCAGAGCCUCUAGCCUGCUCUUGCUCAGAUUGUGUUGAAGAGGUUGGGCUUCUGACCCACUCUCUGAAUGUCGAGAUCAGGAUUCCUUCACCCCCAAGAAGUACUUCUCCAUUGACCGGGUCUUCCGGAAUGAAGCCGUCGACAGAACCCACCUCGCUGAGUUCCACCAGAUCGAAGGUCCUGACUUCUCUCCCUGUGGAAUCUCUGUUCCUUGUUUUUGUAAGCCUGCCUGAUGCUGGGUUAUCUGAUUGCAGGCCUCAUCUGUGACCGUGGCCUCACCCUUGGUGACCUCAAAGGAGUUUUAAGAUCUUUCUUUGCCCGUCUCGGUACUCAUCUAUACAUUUUUUUUAGAUGCAUUUAAUUUAAUGUUUCAUGCGAUUUUCUUUUACAGUAAAACAAAAUUAUUUAAUGGGAGGGCUUUUUUAUUUUAUUUUAUUUUAUUUUUUGGUGUGUGGGGCUGUGUAGGAAUUUCUAAGCUGAGGUUCAAGCCGGCCUACAAUCCAUACACAGAGCCGAGCAUGGAGAUCUUCAGGUGAGGGAAAUCUUCCUAAUUUCUGUUAAUAUCUGACGGAUUUUUGGUAAUCCGAUGUGGCUGGUGGGCAGCUACCAUGAGGGCCUGAAAAAAUGGGUGGAGAUCGGCAACUCCGGCAUGUUCAGGCCUGAGAUGUUGCUCCCCAUGGGACUCCCUGAGGACGUCUCUGUCAUUGCCUGGGGCCUCUCCCUCGAAAGGUAAAAUUCUAUAAAUAAAAAGAUGAAUAAAUCAGUAACUGAGAUGAUCAGGGUAACCUUGUCCUCUCUCUCGCUUAUUAAUUGUAAUGUUGAGAUAUUUUUGGGUUUUCUUUUGUUAAAUAGGCCGACCAUGAUUCUGUAUGGGAUCGACAACAUCAGGGAUCUCUUUGGACACAAGGUUCUGGUUCUGGGGCAGAAAUGACCAUAUCAGAUUUGCUCGGUUGAUUGAUUGACUGAUUUUAAUUGAGUUAUUAAUUUAUUUAUGAUUACUGUGGUGCAGGUGGAUCUGAAUCUCAUCAAGGAGAACCCCAUUUGCCGGCUCGGAAUGGACUACCCCAAGAUCUCUCCCUAG